GAGUUACUUCCGUUCGGAAUUCCUUCAUUCCACUUCAUUCACUCAUUCGUUAAUUUGACAAAUAAAUAAAAAAAAACAAUGGUAUUAUUUCUCCGUCAAAGUUGCGUGUUGGUCAGCAAGGUUGCUAGUCGUUUCGUCCAAGGUUCUUUUUUGUCCAGCAAAAUGGGCAGUUCCUAUUCAAGAUCUUACUCUCCUAACUGUGGACAGAGUCCGGCAAGUGCCGAAAGCCGCGGCACGAUAUCCCGCGUGGAGUCAAGCAACAACUACGUCGAAGCUGUGGUCUGCAACGAAAAUGAUCUCAAAGAGAAUGAAAUGAAGGUUUUUGAGAUUGGAGAGGAGGGCAAAGUAUUGCUUGUUAAGCAGAAAGGAGAAUUUAGUGCAGUUGGUACCACAUGCACUCACUAUGGUGCACCGCUUGUCUCUGGAGCCCUAGGAGAUGGCAGGGUUCGCUGCCCGUGGCACGGAGCCUGCUUCAACAUAAAAACUGGAGAUAUUGAAGAUUUCCCCGGCUUUGACUCGCUUCCUUGCUACCAAGUGACGGUCUCGGAUAAAGGAGAAGUUAAGGUAAAAGCUAAACGCAGCGAUUUGAAAUCGAAAAAACGCAUCAAGGAUAUGGGCAUGUCGUGCCAGAUGGAUGGCUCAGCCGCCGUCAUCAUCGGCGGUGGACCCUCCGGAGCCACCUGCGCCGAGACACUGCGCAGCGAGGGAUUCAGGGGACGCAUCACCUUAGUAGCGAAAGAAAACUACUUACCCUACGAUAGAGUGAAGGUCUCAAAGAUCGGAACCGUAACCGACAUAGAAAAACUACAAGCAAGAUCCCAACAGUAUUACGACGACGCUAAAAUAGAAGUACUUAAAGGUGUUGAUGCAACAAAAGUGGAUACUGAAGAGAAAAUUGUACAUCUAAGUAAUAACCAAAAACUGAGAUACAACAGUUUAUACAUAGCUACUGGUUCCAGCCCCCGAGUACCCAACAUCCCCGGUGUCAAUCUGCAGAACAUCUUUACAGUCCGGUACUUUCAUGAUUCUGUUAACAUCUUAAAUGCUUUGGGAGAAAACAAAGAUAAGAAUGUUGUUGUAUUAGGUUUGAGUUUUAUCGGCCUAGAAAGCGCGGCUGCCUGCAAUGAGAAAGCCAAGUCAAUGACUGUUGUUGGUAAGGACACUUCACCCCUAGGCCAAAUAUUCGGCAAUGAAAUAGGGCAAAGUUUACGAAAGUUUUUCGAACAAAAAGGUGUCCAAUUUCAGUUUGAAACCACAAUAGUGAAAUGUAACGGCGAGAACGGAGUUAUAAAAUCGGUAGAGUUGGCCAACGGCACCACACUUCCUGCUGACCUGCUGAUACUAGGCGUGGGAACAACUGUCAACACAGGUUUCUUGCAGGAUAGCGGAAUAGCAUUGGAGGGAAAUGGUGCGGUCACCGUCAAUGAUAAGCUCGAAACCAAUGUGAAAAACGUGUACGCCGGUGGCGAUAUCGCUAGUGCGCCCGUGUUCGCUCACGGGAAUAAAAACAUGGCAAUAGGACACAUCGGCUUAGCUCAAUACCAUGGCCGUGUAGCUGCUUUGAAUAUGGUGAAGAAAGAAACUGCCUUGAAGACAGUUCCAUUCUUCUGGACGUUGCUGUUCGGCAAGUCUAUCCGUUACGCUGGAUGCGGAAAACCUGCCAGUACUCAAGUAGAGGGCGAUGUAGACGGACUGAAAUUCGUCAUAUUCUUCUUCGAUGAAUCCGAAAAAGUGAUCGCUGUGGCGUCUUGCAUGAGGGACCCCGUUGUUGCCCAGUAUGCAGAAUUCGUGCACCAAGGGAAAACUUUGUACAAGAAAGACCUGAAAGAUGAUCCUUUUUCGUGGGCAAAGAGCAAUAAAGCCCAGUAAUGUCCAUCCAUGAUUCCAUAAACUCGAAAACAUAUACAAAAACGAAUAGCGAAAUAUGUUAUAAGUAUGUUUUAACAUUGGUCACAUUCUCUUUUAGUCGAAACUGUUAAUUUAAGCAAAACUCUACAUGAAGAUAUUAAAUGUUGCUGCUGUUAUGUUGGUAUAAUGGCUAUGUGUAUAUGGCUUUUGAAUGAUAUUAAUGCAAAAUUAUUAUUUUAUUUUUAAAAUAAUAGUAGUUAAAGUACAAUCAAUUAUGUGUCCUCAAAAACUAUUGCUUUUACGAUUUAUUAAGUAAAACAGUUUAACUGUAUCAAAUAAUUUAAGUUUCGUAAUUUGUAGAUGACAGUAUUCAUAUAAGCAUUUGAGAUUCAUAUAAAUAGAUGUUCAAUACUAUUUAUUCUGUAGAUGUUAAAAUCUGAUUAUAAUAUAUUAUGUAUGAACUUGAUAUUAAAUGUGGCCUUAAAUUAAGUAUUCUACUGCAUGUAUAAUGUUUAUAAAAUCCCUCAGUUAAUUUUAUGUAGCAUAUAAUUUGUUUGCAGUAUAUGUUAUGUUCAAUUUCAUCUGAAGCUCUGCUUCAUUUUAAAAUUUAUAUCCAGUGCUUUGCAAAUUCGAAAAUCUAUUUCUUACAUAUGUUCGUUUUCUGGCAGAUAUCUGUGCAAACCAGCAGUUUAAUAGCCUUUUAUUAAGCGACUUUGUUGAGUUUUUAUUGUAUACAAAGGAAUUAUACAUUUUUAUAAUCUUAAGUUCCAGUAACCAGUUGCUGCAGUUGGUCAUACUAAAAUAUGUUUUGUUAAGAACAAAUCUAGGUUAUGUAUCCGUAAGUUAUAUUAUUUGGGCUUAAAGCCAUAGUAAUAUACAAUAAUGAAGAUAUUCCAUAUUGUUUCGCAUAAUAUAAGAAUGUUUGCAGUACUUGGUACUAAAAUAGGCAUUUUCUGUUAUUUGUAGUGCAUAUUUUUAUUGAAACUGCUAAUUAAUAUUUAAAUUAAGUUAUAUGCUAUUGAAAUAUUUUAGUACAAACCAUGUGACAAUAGGAUUUAUUUUAAAAUAUUUUUUUAAACCCAAAAAAGUAUUACUAUCUGUUACUAAGGACAGUGUUGUCACACAAUAAAAAAAGAAAAUCAGGGUCCAAUUUUUCCACACCUUGUAUAACAUUAAAAUUCAUUGUUUUUUUGAAAUUAAUAUUGUAAUCAUUUGGCUAUUGCUACUUUAUUCAGAAACAAUAUUCAUCACAUUCAAGUUCAGUAUUCUUUCAAAUGUAUUAUGUUGUGUAAUGAAUAACGGGUAAACAUCAUUGAGCACAAACAUACAUCACACUAGAUUAAAUUAAUUUAUUUAACUGCUAUUACAUCUGUACUCAUUAAAAUUUUAAUCAUUAUCAUUUUUAAAUGUGCCGUGCGCCCACGCGUAAAGAUGCAGACGAUGCAAACGCACUCUAUAUAAACCACAUCAAAUUCUUUUUAAAAAACCUGGUGUGUAUAGACCUUCAGUUGAUAUUAACUAAGUUUGUUUAAUGGAAAGAUCGGAAGUUGUACAUUUCAGUUAGAAUUAAUAAGAAUGGCUCAUUAUUCCUGAUUCAUCCUUGGUCAACUACAGGGUUUUGUCGGCUUCCUCUCUUCUCUGUAUUAUUUAUUUGCAAACAUAUCUGUUCUUGAUAUAAUCAUAACAAGGUACUUUUAAUUGAUGUGAUAUUACUGUUGCUUGUUUAGAUGUAUGUACAUAUUUUAAUAAAUAAAUGUUUAUUAAAUUA